UUGACUAGAAACAAAUAUUCGAUUUCCCAAUUACUUCAUUCUGGCAUUGGUUUCUAUCGGAAAACAGCGACCCCUAUCGAUGGUACAAGCGGUAAUAGUUUUUUAAGCUGGAAAUCAUCACUGGAGCAUCAGACAGAUAUUAUUUAUCAGAUAGAAACGGUGGUCAUGACCAGGAACAGUGAAAUCAAAAUGCCCACAAAUUUGGAGAAAACUGUAAAUCCACAAAUAAAGGUAAUGAUCAAUUCUGAUCAGCUGGCAGUGGCAGAAGUUCUGCAGGAUGAUCAUAGCCACUGUGAAACAGAAUGGAGACAGGAAGAAGAUUUGUCAGUUGAUGGAGCUUCAGAAAUGUCUCCAAAGAAAAGAGAGUUAUGGGACUUUGUCUUGAACAACAGUGCUACCUACAGUCCACUCUGCUUCUCCUGCCCUGCUGAAGUAAAUGCUUCAGGCAAUGAUCAUUGUGAUGAUGAACUUGUUUCUUGUGAUUAUCAAGAGACAGAAACUGAAUGGAGUGAGGACGAGUACAGUGAUUGGUCAGAUAAAAGAUAUGCAGAGAUGUCUCCAGAGAACAGAGAGUUUAGGGACCACUUCUUGAACAACAGUGAUCCCUACAGUCCACUCUGCUUCUCCUGGCCUGCCAAAGUAAAAGCUUCAGACAGUGUUCAUUGUGGUGAUGAUGAACUUGUUCCUUCUUAUUUUCAAGAGACAAAAACUGAAUGGAGUGAGGAAGAGGAUAAUGAUUGGUCAGAUGAAGAUUAUUCAGAGAUGUCUCCAAAGAUCAGAGAGUUAUGGGACUCCUUCUUGGUCAUCAGUGGUCCCUACAGUCCACUCUGCUUCUCCUGCCCUGCCAAAGUAAAAGCUUCAGACAGUGUUCAUUGUGAUGAUGAUGAACUUGUUCCUUCUAAUCUUCAAAAAACAAAAACUGAAUGCAGUGAGGAAGACGAUAAUGAUUGGUCAGAUGAAGAUUAUUCAGAGAUGUCUCCAAAGAACAGAGAGUUAUGGGACUCCUUCUUGAACAACAGUGAUCCCUACAGUCCACUCUGCUUUUCCUGCCCUGCUGAAGUAAAAGCUUCAGACAAUGUUCAUUGUGAUUAUGAAGAAUUUGUUUCUUGUGAUUCUCAAGAGACAGAAACUGAACGGAGUGAGGAAGAGGAUAAUGAUUGGUCAGAUAAAGGAGGAGAUUCAGAGAUGUCUCCAGAGAACAGCAAGUUAUGGGACUCUUUCAUGAACAACAGUGAUCCCUACAGUCCACUCUGCUUCUCCUGCCCUGCUGGACUGAAAAUAAAGGCAUCAGAGGUUAAACAAAAACACACACCUUCCAGCCCCACAGCCAGAGACGUUGAGGAGCACAAUCCUGACCAGAGUACAAAGGAAAGCGCUAAGAAGGUGUGUUUCAGUGAGGAGGUGACCAUACACACCCUCGAGGCAUGGGGCUUUGCAAGCCAGGCAGCACGAGACGGAUCGUGCUGGAUGAAGAUGGCAAUAGAUCGACUCCGUUUCAAAAGGAGAGUAGAGAUAGCUGGACAGCUCAUCAGCCCGUGCCUCACAGCUCAGCACAGAGCCAGAGUUUUGGACAGUCUGAGGAGCCACUCUGAUGGUAUUUUAGAUUGUGAUUGUGGUUAAAUAAAGAUUACAUGACCUCA